UUUAAGCAAUGAAUGUCUGCAGGCACAUGCUUAGAGAGAGAAAGAAAGAGAGAGAGAGAGAGCGAGAGAGAGAGAGAGAGAGAGAGAGAGAGAGAGAGAGAGAGAGAGAGGGAGAGAGAGAGAGAGAGAGAGAGAGAAAGAGAGAGAACGAGAGAGAGAGAGAGAGAGAGAGAGAGAGAGAGAGAGAGAGAGAGAGAGAGAGAGAGAGAGAGAGAACAAGAGAGAGAGAUAGAGAGGUAGAGAGAACAAGAGAGAGAGAGAGAGAGAGAGAGAGCGAGAGAGAGAUAGAGAGACAGAGAGAGAGAGAGAUAGAGAGAGAGAGAGAGAGAGAGAGAGAGAGAGAGAGAGAGAGAGAGAGAGAGAGAGAGAUAGAGAGGUAGAGUGAGAGAGAGAGAGAAAGAA